UACUGCCCUGAGGGCUGUCCUCCUCUUGCGCCCCCUUUAUUGCCCCGUCAUUUCUUGGCGAAACCUUUCGGAUUUCAAGAGUUCACAAAAUUUAAAAAAUUUAUAUGAUAAUUCGGAUUCGUCCGCGGUGUUUGAAAAACCCUCUCUCUCUGAGUACGUUGACCCUUCUAGGUUCACAGGAUACAUAAAUUUAGACGAUAUUACGUUUACUUAUAUAUCUUCUAGUGGACCUGGGGGCCAAAAUGUAAACAAGACACGCUCCAAAGUCCAAGUGAAAUUCAACGUCCAGGCAGUUUCAUGGAUUCCUGAAGAUAUAAAAAAAGUAUUCAUUGACAAGGAGAAAAAUAGAAUCACUAAGGAUGGUUACUUCAUAAUAUCAUCUGAUCGUACACGCCUUCAAAUACUUAAUCAGGCAGACUGUCUUGAACGCAUAAGGAGAUCAAUUACUGAAUGUAUGAACACCUUAAAUAAACCUCCAGCCUCGCCAGAGGUCGUAGUUCGUCACGAAGAGCAAAAAGCAAAGGCAAAUGAGGCUCGUUUAAAACAAAAGAAGUUGAAUUCGAUGAACAAGGUAUACCGUCAAGGCCCUACAUUGUAUGACUUUUAG